CUGGGCUUAGCGCCACUGAAAUGGGACCUGAUUGUUUGUUAAAGAUGAAGCCAAACGUGCUGCUGAUUUACAAGCUCCUCGAAUUGGAAAAUGGCCGAAAAACACUUGACCGAGGACUUCGCAGCUUCACUAACCGGGCCAAUGAAGAGGUUCAACGUUUCCUGAACGGGUCCCUUUCGACCUAUCAGUACGAUGAACUAUCGACGAUCUUGGACGCCAAGUGCCGAACUUUAAACAAUCUCCUCACUACAUUACAACACGCCACAAGUGAUCAACAAUUCUGUGCCGAGGCCCCUGCAGACAACGGAGACAUAACAAACCAGCUAUAUCUAUUUCCAGACAAAGUCGUUUUGACAACAGAUGUUCUUAAGUUUGGUCCCAUUUUAAGCAAUGUCCUUUUGGCGAGCUCCAUAACCAAGGCGAUCCAGGUGCUUGGAGCAACGCUCUCUUUUCAAUGUCUAAAGCAGCUCCUAGACCCUAAAGCUGUCAACGAUGACGUGUUCGAUAGCAUCCAGCCCAGCCAAAACACUGAUGCUGGACCUGCCGAUCACUCUUCUGAUUUUAAAAUUGAAGGCAAUGAGCUUGUUGUGUUCAAGGAGAAACCCCAAUUGAGGGUAGUGGUUGAACCUCCUCUAAUUAUCAUGUGUCAAAAGGGUUCCCUAGAGAUACUUCCAACAAAACCAGUGUCCCAGAAAACCAGCGAUCCUCAACCAACAAAUAUUCUUAUGAACGCACAGUUCCCCUUCUGGGAACUUGAACACGAAGUCCCGAUACAACACAAGAAACAAACAUCUGAACAGCUAUUGACCUUCCUGCGGACGCACAAGGAAAGUGCCAGCGCGAAGCGGGACAAUUUGGCCUGGUUCAGACGCUAUUUCCAUCCUCCGUCAACAACACCAUCAAAGAUAACAAAACAGAGUAGCUUUAAAGAUGGUGGAAGUAGAAGUAUGACCGACAACACCAGGUGCAUCGAAUCCCCGCCAAAGGAGACGGCGUUGGCUGAAGAGGACUCCCGACCUCCCGUGUUCAGGUUGAAGCGCGUGGAGCCUGGAGGAGUUAUUAUCUACUCCUGCAUGGUCCUCACCGAGACGGAACUGUGGGACAUGGGAGAAGUGGUCACACCACUCGGACCCGUUGAACAAGUGGAAACCCAGGACGGACAGCAAAACAAAGGGGUGGACAACAGUCACCGCGAGGUCUCUGCUGCUGAGGAACCGGGGGAGAAACCACAGAGUCCCCAGUGUACAAACACCACAUGUGGUUUUACCCCAGCCGAGUCGCCACUCCCGAACAGUACCGCCAGCAUCCCCGAGUUUGUGAUCGUUGCGUUCAAGGAGAUGGAGGUUGUGGUUUCCCAUGUGGUGUCCCCUGGACACUUCUACAUCCAGCGUCCAGACGUGUUGGCCAAGCAGCAGGCCCUGGUCAACGGCUGGAAAGGCCGCUCGUUUGCGGAGGAAAACAGCGUGCCAGACAUCGGGACCCUGGUAAUGGCUUUCUUCUCGGAGCAGAAGCAGUGGUGCAGGGCCCAAGUCCUGAGGAUAUGUGGCGUUGGUGGAGACGAUCAGCCCGGUGGGACCCACAUCAGCGUACAGGUGUUCCGGCUGGACCACGGAGACAAGGCCACCGUCUCCUUGCGCAACGUGGGCCCCCUGACACCGGACAUGGCGGCCCUGCCCCUGCAGGCCGCAAUGGUCUCGCUGGCCGAUGUGUCCGCGCUGGACGGGGUCCACUGGACGGAGGAGGCGGUGUCCUGGUUCAGAGCCAUGGUGGAGCACCGCACGCUGUACGCCCGGCUGUUCCCCCUCCGGUCGGCCGUCACCGUGCAUCUCUUCCUGGAGAGGGGCGCCAUGGGCGCCAUGAGGAGAGGAGCAUCGCUCUCUUUGAGGUUAGCGCAGAAUGGACAUGCGAAACUCAACCAAAUGAAAGCCUUUGCCGCAGUCAAAAGAGGCAAUUUUCUCAUUCUGAAGAAAAGGCAGGAGGCUGACUGGCAGAAAUACCUAAUUGCAUGCUACACAGAAAAAGUUCUGAAAAAAACUUUGUUGGGAGUUGAAGGUUAGUUUUAGUUAUUUUUUGUUGGUGGUUGUUUUGUGUUUUUUAGUUGGUAUUCAACCCACAAUCUUUCUUUACUUUGUAAGGACUUUACAUUGUUAAUUUCUGCAAUUGCAUAGGUUUGGAGUGUUACUUCCAAAAAGUUUUUUUUCAUAGUGGAAGCAUAUAGAAUAUAUUGCCUUCCAACAGAAAGAUGGCCACUCAACUGGACGAAUAACAAAUGCCUGUAUAGUGAUAUGUAAUCAUUAUAAGCUUAAUAUUCCAAUACAAGUGUCUUUGUCAAAACUGCUCCAUCAUCACAUUUCUCUGCCAACAGUAAAUAUGUCACGUGUAUACUGGAUUAUUGUUCUGUACAUGUUUACACAAACACUGAUAUUUCAUUCAAAAAUGUCAAGGCCAACCGACGCCCCCCCUGUGCCAGUUUAUCCAAAGUGACGCAGAACGCUUGUUGCCCUGUGAGCUACUGCAGAUCAUCUGAUAGCGAACAACAAGCCCAUGCUUUGUAUGUCUGUGAUGCUUGGGCCUCUCUGCCGGUGCUGUAUUGCUGUGUUCACCGAUGUACGAUAUGAGCAUACGCAUCUAUACAAGACGACAGCUGCUGCCACCACUGUCAGAUCUUACUUGCGAUGACACCAUAACAAACAAUAACAUCUGUCCGACCAUGUGGCCUUGUAAAAGCUGCCCUGUUGUGAUGUAAAAAUUUGCAUAUUUCUCAAUAUUAAUCUAUUGGAUAAAUGUGUCAUAUCAGUCACCCGUACUACCGGCCUAAGUAUGCUUUAAAGAAAUUGUAAAGUGUGAAUUACAAAAUAAAAAGAACUCAAAAAAAAUGUUUUUAUCUUCA